UUCGCCAUAAAUUGCAGACGUCAUUUUUUCACUAGGCGUGAUAACUUUCUUGUGUCGUGAAAAAGUGAAUUUUAAUAUAUAAAACUAUUUAAAGAAGUGCAAAAAUAGUUGCAAAAUAUGGGCGAUUCGCUGGACAACACCGACACAUCGGUGGACCCAGCCGUUAAUUUGUCCAUAGCCAACUAUGAUGCAUUUGCAAACUACUUGCGCAAAGCUGUGACCAUUUUGUUGCCGGAGGAGGAUGUUGUGCCGGAGUCUUUGAAUAAUGCUUUAAAUGAUCCAGUGAACCAGGAGACUAUUCGCAAGUUCCUGUCUGAUCCGCAAGUGCAGGCGCUCUAUGUUCAACGUAAUUGCAUUAAAGAGGAUGACAGCGAGCAGCCGGCAGAAGGUGAGGAAGAGAAGGAACAGGUGUCUUAUCAAAUCAGCAACGAUGUACACUUCACCAACAGCCGCAUGGCAUCCCUGGCCUGCAUUAAACGUGGCGUAGUCGUCGAAGCUGACAAGUCGAUUCAUUCUCAGCUGCGUUUGAUAAACUUUUCCGAUGGCUCACCCUAUGAAACGCUUCAUGCGUUCAUUAGCAAAUCAUUAGCACCGUACUUCAAGUCGUAUGUCAAGGAAUCUGGACGUGCCGAUCGCGAUGGCGAUAAGAUGGCUCCAUCGGUGGAGAAAAAGUUGGCGGAGUUGGAGAUGGGCCUGCUGCACUUGCAACAGAACAUUGACAUUCCAGAGAUUACGCUGACUGCUCAUCCAGUUGUUAAUCAGGUCAUACGUAAGUGCGCCGAUGAGAACCACAAGGCCAAGGUGGUUGACUUUGGUGACAAGGUGGAGGACUCGUCAUUUCUCAAUCAACUGCAAAAUGGCGUGAAUCGCUGGAUAACCGAGAUCAAGAAAGUAACCAAGUUGAAUCGUGAUCCCGGUUCCGGCACUGCGUUGCAAGAAAUCUCAUUUUGGUUGAAUCUGGAGCGUGCGUUGUAUCGCAUCCAGGAGAAACGCGAGUCGCCUGAAGUUGCACUUACCCUGGACAUACUUAAGCAUGGCAAACGUUUCCAUGCCACGGUUUCGUUUGACACGGAUACAGGCCUAAAGCAGGCUUUGGCCACUGUAGCCGAUUAUAAUCCUCUAAUGAAAGAUUUCCCAAUUAACGAUCUACUCUCAGCAACAGAGCUUGAGAAGAUUCGUCCAGCUGUGCAGCAGAUUUUCUCACAUCUGCGUAAAGUGCGUAACACUAAGUACCCCAUCCAGCGCUGUCUGAAGCUCAUCGAGGCUAUCUCGCGGGACUUGUCGCAGCAGUUGCUCAAAGUGCUUGGUACCCGUCGCUUGAUGCAUAUUCCAUUUGAUGAAUUUGAGCGCGUGAUGAAUCAGUGCUUCGAGAUCUUUAGCUGCUGGGACGAUGAAUAUGACAAGUUGCAAGGUCUGCUGCGUGAUAUAGUGAAAAAGAAGCGGGACGAGCAUCUGAAGAUGGUGUGGCGCGUGUCACCGGCUCACAAGAAGCUUCAAACACGCAUGGAACACAUGCGAAAGUUCCGCAGACAGCAUGAACAGCUACGUACUGUUAUUCUCCGUGUAUUGCGGCCCACUAAGCAGGCGGCUAACGAUGAUGGCAGCGCGGUCGAAACCAAGCAGCCGUAUAGUUUGGAUGCUGCCGAUGCUAAUGCUAUCGAAGAGGUCAAUUUGGCCUAUGAGAAUGUCAAGGAGGUGGAUUGCUUGGAUAUUACCAAGGAAGGCUCCGAGGCUUGGGAAGCAGCUGUCAAGCGCUAUGAAGAGAAAAUUGAUCGUGUGGAGACUCGUAUCACGGCGCAUCUACGCGACCAACUGGGCACCGCAAAGAAUGCCAACGAGAUGUUCCGCAUUUUCUCACGUUUUAAUGCGUUGUUUGUGCGUCCGCACAUUCGUGGCGCGAUUCGUGAGUACCAGACGCAGCUGAUACAGCGAGUCAAGGACGACAUCGAGGCACUACACGAGAAGUUUAAGGUGCAGUAUCCGCAAAGCAAGAGCUGUCGAUUAUCCUCGGUUCGUGAUUUGCCACCAGUGGCGGGUUCCAUAAUCUGGGCACGUCAAAUCGACAACCAGCUGACUAUGUAUCUGAAGCGGGUCGAGGAUGUACUCGGCAAAGGCUGGGAGACCCACAUCGAGGGCCAAAAACUGAAGGCCGACGGCGAUAGUUUCCGCGCCAAGUUGUCUAUCUCAGAUGUGUUCCAUGAGUGGGCUCGCAAGGUCCAGGAGCGAAAUUUUGGAAGCUCCGGUAGAAUCUUUACCAUUGAAUCGACUCGUUCCCGCGUUGGGCGUGGUAAUGUUUUGCGUCUACGCGUCAACUUUUUGCCCGAGAUAAUUACGUUGGCAAAGGAAGUGCGCAACAUCAAGAACUUGGGAUUCAGAGUUCCACUUACUAUUGUCAACAAAGCUCAUCAGGCUAACCAGAUUUAUCCCUAUGCUAUAUCCCUGAUUGAAAGCGUACGCACGUACGAACGCACAUUGGAGAAGCUUAAUAAUAGGAGUCUAGCACUAAAUUCAGUAUUCAAGAUCGAAGAUCGUGCCAGCAUUGUACCUCUGGUUGCGGGCUUGCGUAAGGAGGUCUUAAAUCUGGUCUCCGAGGGAAUUGGCUUGAUCUGGGAAUCGUAUAAGCUGGAUCCCUAUGUUCUGCGCCUGUCUGAGUGUGUAACACAGUUCCAGGAGAAGGUGGAUGACUUGCUAGUGGUGGAGGAGCAACUGGAUGUGGACGUGCGUUCGCUGGAGACGUGCCCCUAUAGCGCGGCUACUUUUGUGGAAAUUCUCUCCAAGAUUCAGCAUGCUGUCGAUGACUUAUCGCUGCGUCAAUAUUCCAAUUUAAGUGUUUGGGUUACGCGUCUCGAUGAGGAGGUGGAGAAAAAGCUUGCCUUGCGUCUGCAGGCGGGUAUUCAAGCCUGGACUGAGGCUUUGACCGGUAACAAGAAAGAGGUGGACACUUCCAUGGACACAGACGCUCCAGCACAGCCCACGCACAAGCUGGGUGGUGAGCCACAAGUGCAGAAUGCUGUGCACGAAAUACGCAUCACCAAUCAGCAGAUGUACCUAUAUCCGUCGAUUGAGGAGGCCCGCUUCCAGAUCAUGCAGCAGUUCUUUGCCUGGCAAGCGAUUGUCACCUCGCAGGUACGCUUGCAGAGCACACGAUAUCAAGUGGGUCUUGAGAAGCCUGUCUCGCAGACCUAUCGCAAUCUGCUGACUAAGCUGCCUGAGGGCAAGAUACUGGAGAAUGCCUAUGGCGCAAUUGAGCACAAGAUCAGCGAGGUGCGCAACUAUGUGGAUGAAUGGCUGCGUUAUCAAAGCCUUUGGGAUCUACAGGCGGACACACUGUACGGCCGCCUGGGCGAGGAUGUGAACUUGUGGAUCAAGUGCCUCAAUGACAUUAAGCAGUCGCGCACCACCUUCGACACCUCGGACACACGUCGCGCUUACGGUGCCAUAAUCAUUGACUAUGCCAAGGUACAGGCCAAGGUGACGCUGAAGUAUGAUUCGUGGCACAAGGAGGCGCUGGGCAAGUUUGGCACGUUGUUGGGCACCGAGAUGACCACGUUCCACACCAAGGUAUCCAAGUCACGCACAGAUUUGGAAAUGCAGAGCAUCGAAGCGGCCAGCACUUCAGAUGCAGUCAGCUUCAUUACAUAUGUGCAGUCUUUGAAGAAGGACAUGAUUGCCUGGGACAAGCAGGUGGAAGUAUUCCGCGAGGCUCAGCGUAUUUUGGAACGCCAACGUUUCCAGUUUCCCAACAAUUGGUUGCAUGUGGACAACAUCGAGGGCGAAUGGUCUGCUUUUAAUGAAAUAAUCAAGCGCAAAGACACAGCCAUUCAGACACAAGUAGCAAGCCUUCAGGCAAAGAUUGUGGCCGAAGACAAGGCCGUGGAGACACGCACCGUGGACUUCCUUAAUGACUGGGAGAAGACCAAGCCCACCGGUGGCAAAAUACGUCCCGAUGAUGCUCUGCAGCAACUCCAAAUCUUUGAGAGCAAAUACUCGCGACUCAAGGAGGAACGCGACAAUGUGGCUAAGGCCAAGGAGGCGCUUGAGCUGCAGGAAUCGGCAGUUCCCAACAACAGUGCCGAACGUAUGAAUGUAGCUCUCGAGGAACUGCAGGAUCUGCGCGGCGUUUGGAGCGAGUUGUCCAAGGUUUGGACCCAGAUCGAUGAGACGCGCGAGAAGCCAUGGCUCUCAGUACAGCCGCGCAAGCUGCGUCAACAACUGGAAGCUAUGAUGGCGCAACUGAAGGAGUUGCCUGCUCGUCUUCGCAUGUACGAAUCAUACGAGUAUGUCAAGAAGCUUAUCCAGAGCUACAUCAAGGUGAAUAUGCUUAUUGUGGAGCUCAAGUCGGAUGCUUUGAAGGAGCGUCACUGGAAGCAAUUGACCAAGCAGCUGCGUGUCAACUGGGUCAUCUCUGAUCUGACAUUGGGUCAAGUGUGGGAUGUCAACUUGCAGAAGAACGAGGGUGUUGUCAAGGAUAUCAUUCUGGUCGCUCAGGGAGAGAUGGCGCUAGAGGAGUUCUUGAAGCAAGUGCGCGAAUCCUGGCAAAACUAUGAAUUGGAUUUGAUUAACUAUCAGAACAAGUGCCGCAUCAUUCGCGGUUGGGACGAUCUGUUCAACAAGGUCAAGGAACACAUCAACUCAGUGGCCGCUAUGAAACUAUCGCCCUACUACAAGGUCUUCGAAGAGGAAGCUCUCACCUGGGAGGAAAAAUUGAAUCGUAUUAACGCCCUGUUCGAUGUAUGGAUCGAUGUGCAGCGUCGCUGGGUCUACUUGGAGGGCAUAUUUUCGGGCAGUGCAGACAUUAAAACUCUGCUGCCCGUGGAGACUUCUCGUUUCCAGAGCAUUAGCUCCGAAUUCUUGGGUCUGAUGAAGAAGGUGACCAAAUCGCCAAAAGUCAUGGAUGUGCUCAAUAUUCCGGCUGUGCAGCGCUCGCUUGAACGUCUAGCCGAUCUACUGGGCAAGAUUCAAAAAGCUUUGGGAGAGUACCUUGAACGUGAGCGUACUUCAUUCCCACGCUUUUACUUUGUGGGCGAUGAGGAUCUGCUGGAGAUCAUUGGCAACAGCAAGAAUAUUGCACGUCUGCAAAAGCAUUUCAAAAAGAUGUUUGCCGGAGUCGCCGCCAUUCUAUUGAACGAGGAAAACAAUGUUAUACUGGGCAUAUCUUCGCGUGAGGGCGAGGAGGUGCAUUUCAUCAAUCCAGUAUCCACUGUGGACCAUCCCAAGAUCAACGAGUGGCUGUCACUGGUGGAAAAACAAAUGCGCUUUACGCUCGCCUCACUGCUGGCCCAGGCUGUACAGGAUAUCAAGCAGUUCCGGGAAGGCAAAAUCGAUCCACAGAAAUACAUGGAAUGGUGCGACAAGUAUCAAGCUCAGAUUGUCGUACUAGCUGCCCAGAUCCUCUGGUCUGAGGACGUGGAAGCUGCCUUGCAGCAAGCCUCGGAGAACAACAAUUCCAAGCCCAUGCAACGCGUCCUUGGCAAUGUGGAGAACACAUUGAAUGUCUUGGCCGAUUCUGUGCUACAGGAGCAGCCGGCCCUACGUCGCCGCAAGCUGGAGCAUCUCAUCAAUGAAUUUGUGCACAAGCGCACAGUCACUCGACGUCUGAUUACGAACGGUGUCACCUCACCAAAAUCCUUCCAAUGGCUGUGUGAGAUGCGUUUCUAUUUUGAUCCCCGACAGACGGAAGUUCUGCAGCAGCUGACUAUUCAUAUGGCUAAUGCGCGUUUCUUCUACGGUUUCGAGUAUCUAGGCGUGCAGGAUCGUUUGGUUCAGACGCCACUCACGGAUCGUUGCUAUCUGACCAUGACGCAAGCGCUGGAAUCACGUCUGGGUGGUUCACCUUUCGGUCCAGCGGGCACGGGUAAAACAGAAUCCGUUAAGGCGCUGGGCAAUCAACUUGGACGCUUUGUGCUUGUCUUCAACUGCGACGAAACAUUCGAUUUCCAGGCUAUGGGCCGUAUCUUUGUCGGUCUGUGUCAAGUGGGCGCCUGGGGCUGUUUCGAUGAGUUUAAUCGACUGGAGGAGCGUAUGCUCUCCGCCUGCUCGCAGCAGAUCCAAACAAUUCAGGAAGCACUCAAAUACGAGAUGGACAGCAAUAAGGAGAGCAUCACCGUCGAGCUUGUGGGCAAACAAGUUCGCGUCUCUCCAGAUAUGGCCAUUUUCAUAACCAUGAAUCCGGGCUACGCUGGCCGUUCCAAUCUGCCAGAUAAUUUGAAGAAGCUCUUCCGAUCGCUGGCUAUGACAACUCCUGAUCGUCAGCUUAUCGCCGAGGUCAUGCUCUUCUCGCAAGGCUUCCGCUCCGCCGAAAAGUUAGCGUGCAAGAUUGUGCCCUUCUUCAAGCUCUGCGACGAGCAGCUAUCCAACCAGAGCCAUUACGACUUUGGUCUGCGUGCACUGAAGUCAGUGCUCAUCUCUGCAGGCAAUGUGAAGCGUGAUCGCAUUAUGAAGAUCAAGGAGCAGAUGCGUCAACGUGGUGAGGAGAACAUCGAUGAAGCUUCAGUGGCAGAGAAUCUGCCCGAACAAGAGAUCCUCAUACAGUCGGUGUGCGAGACAAUGGUGCCCAAACUGGUAGCCGAGGAUAUACCAUUGCUCUUCUCGCUGCUUAGCGAUGUCUUCCCCAAUGUGGGCUACACACGUGCCGAGAUGAAGGGUCUCAAGGAGGAGAUUCGCAAAGUGUGCCAGGAGGAUUAUCUGGUCUGUGGCGAAGGCGAUGAACAGGGCGCCGCCUGGAUGGAAAAGGUGCUGCAAUUGUAUCAAAUAUCCAAUCUCAAUCAUGGCCUCAUGAUGGUUGGUCCUUCAGGCUCUGGCAAGUCCACGGCUUGGCGUACACUGCUCAAGGCUCUAGAGCGCUUCGAGGGAGUUGAGGGUGUUGCUCACGUAAUCGAUCCCAAAGCUAUUUCCAAGGAGGCGCUUUAUGGUGUUCUCGAUCCGAAUACGCGUGAAUGGACUGACGGUUUGUUCACUCACAUUCUGCGUAAGAUUAUUGACAAUGUGCGUGGCGAGAUUAACAAGCGCCAAUGGAUCAUAUUUGAUGGUGAUGUCGAUCCCGAGUGGGUGGAGAAUCUUAACUCGGUGCUUGAUGACAACAAGUUGCUGACAUUGCCCAAUGGUGAACGCCUUUCGCUGCCACCUAACGUGCGAGUCAUGUUUGAGGUGCAGGAUCUGAAAUUUGCAACACUUGCUACAGUCUCUCGUUGCGGCAUGGUCUGGUUCUCAGAAGAUGUGCUUUCCACGGAGAUGAUCUUUGAAAAUUAUUUGUCACGCUUGCGUAGCAUACCGUUGGAGGAUGGUGACGAGGACUUUGUGGGUGUGAUGAAGCCCGCCAAGGACAAGGAGGAAGAGGUGUCGCCCUCUUUGCAGGUGCAACGUGACAUCGCGUUGCUUUUGCAGCCCUUCUUCUCGGGUGAUGGCAUUGUGGUGCGCACACUGGAGUAUGCCAUGGACCAGGAGCAUAUCAUGGACUUUACACGAUUGCGCGCACUCAGCUCUCUCUUCUCCAUGCUUAAUCAGUCGGCACGCAAUGUGCUCAACUUUAACGCACAGCAUCCGGACUUCCCAUGCUCAGCUGAUCAGCUGGAGCACUAUAUACCUAAGGCUCUCGUUUACUCGGUGCUUUGGUCAUUCGCUGGCGAUGCUAAACUAAAGGUCCGCAUCGAUUUGGGUGACUUUGUGCGCAGUGUUACAACUGUGCCGCUGCCAGGUGCUGCCGGAGCACCGAUCAUUGACUACGAGGUUAGCAUGAAUGGUGAAUGGGUGCCAUGGAGCAACAAGGUGCCUGUAAUUGAGGUGGAGACCCACAAGGUUGCCUCGCCCGAUAUCGUGGUGCCCACGCUGGAUACGGUGCGUCACGAAUCGCUGCUCUACACAUGGCUAGCCGAGCACAAGCCUUUGGUGCUGUGUGGUCCACCUGGCUCUGGCAAGACUAUGACACUGUUCUCAGCGCUGCGUGCUCUGCCCGACAUGGAAGUGGUUGGUCUCAAUUUCUCAUCGGCUACAACACCAGAGCUGCUGCUUAAGACGUUCGAUCAUUAUUGCGAGUACCGCAAGACGCCAAAUGGCGUGGUGCUCUCCCCUGUGCAGAUUGGCAAGUGGUUAGUGCUGUUCUGUGACGAAAUCAAUUUGCCGGACAUGGAUUCGUAUGGCACACAGCGUGUUAUUUCAUUCCUGCGUCAGCUGGUGGAGCACAAGGGCUUCUAUCGUGCAAGUGAUCAGGCAUGGGUGUCUUUGGAGCGCAUUCAGUUCGUUGGCGCUUGUAACCCGCCCACAGAUCCGGGUCGUAAACCCCUCUCGCAUCGCUUCUUGCGCCAUGUGCCAAUCAUUUACGUGGAUUAUCCAGGAGAAACGUCGCUCAAGCAGAUCUACGGCACCUUCUCGCGUGCCAUGCUGCGUCUAAUGCCCGCACUCCGUGGCUAUGCAGAGCCACUCACAAAUGCUAUGGUGGAGUUCUAUUUGGCGUCGCAAGAUCGUUUUACGCAGGACAUGCAGCCGCAUUACGUGUAUUCACCUCGUGAAAUGACACGUUGGGUGCGCGGUAUCUGUGAAGCUAUACGUCCUUUGGACUCGCUACCCGUAGAGGGCUUAGUACGUCUAUGGGCGCACGAGGCCCUGCGUCUGUUCCAGGAUCGUCUUGUAGAUGAUUCGGAGCGUCGCUGGACCAAUGAAAACAUUGAUCUAGUUGGCCACAAGCACUUCCCAGGCAUCAAUCAGGAGGAGGCACUACAAAGGCCCAUCCUCUACAGCAAUUGGCUUUCGAAGGAUUAUAUGCCAGUGAAUCGUGAGGAGUUGCGCGAUUAUGUACGUGCGCGCCUAAAGGUCUUCUACGAGGAGGAGUUGGACGUGCCGCUUGUGCUAUUCGACGAGGUUCUCGAUCACGUACUUCGCAUCGACCGUAUCUUCCGCCAGCCGCAGGGCCAUCUGUUGCUCAUUGGUGUGUCCGGUGCCGGCAAGACAACGCUGUCACGUUUCGUGGCCUGGAUGAAUGGUCUGUCCAUAUUCCAGAUCAAAGUACAUAACAAAUAUACUAGCGAGGACUUCGAUGAGGACCUGCGCUGUGUGCUGCGCCGCUCUGGUUGCAAGGACGAGAAGAUCGCCUUUAUAUUGGACGAAUCAAAUGUCCUGGACUCUGGCUUCCUCGAGCGCAUGAACACUUUGCUGGCUAACGGCGAGGUGCCCGGCCUCUUUGAGGGCGACGAGUACACGACCCUGAUGACCCAGUGCAAGGAAGGUGCUCAGCGUGAAGGUCUUAUGCUCGAUUCCAGUGAUGAGUUGUAUAAGUGGUUCACACAGCAGGUGAUGCGCAAUUUGCACGUUGUCUUCACCAUGAAUCCCUCGACGGAUGGCCUCAAGGAUCGCGCAGCUACUUCGCCGGCUUUGUUCAAUCGUUGUGUGCUCAAUUGGUUCGGAGACUGGUCAGACUCAGCUCUGUUCCAGGUGGGCAAGGAGUUCACCACGCGUGUCGAUCUAGAGAAGCCCAACUGGUCGCCCCCGGACUUCUUCCCCUCUGUCUGUCCGUUGGUGCCCGCCAAUCCCACGCAUCGCGAUGCUGUCAUCAACAGCUGCGUCUAUGUGCAUCAGACUCUCCACCAGGCCAACGCGCGUUUGGCUAAGAGAGGUGGACGCACAAUGGCAGUUACUCCACGUCAUUAUUUGGACUUCAUCCAUCACUUUGUCAAGCUGUAUAAUGAAAAGCGCAGCGAUUUGGAGGAGCAGCAGCUGCACUUGAACGUGGGUCUUAACAAGAUUGCCGAGACUGUGGAGCAGGUGGAGGAGAUGCAGAAAUCGCUGGCAGUCAAGAAACAGGAGCUGCAAGCAAAGAAUGAGGCAGCCAAUGCGAAGUUGAAGCAAAUGUUCCAGGAUCAACAGGAGGCGGAGAAGAAGAAGAUACAAUCGCAGGAGAUACAAAUACGUCUAGCCGAUCAAACGGUCAAAAUCGAAGAGAAGCGCAAGUAUGUGAUGGCAGAUCUGGCCCAGGUGGAACCAGCUGUGAUCGAAGCACAGCAAGCUGUGAAGUCUAUACGCAAACAGCAACUUGUUGAGGUGCGAACGAUGGCGAAUCCACCGUCGGUGGUUAAAUUGGCACUCGAGUCGAUUUGCCUGCUGCUGGGCGAGAAUGCGACCGAUUGGAAAUCGAUACGCGCAGUGAUAAUGCGUGAAAAUUUCAUUAAUUCAAUUGUAUCUAACUUCGGUACCGAGAACAUAACUGAUGAGGUUCGGGAGAAGAUGAAGUCCAAGUACCUCAGCAAUCCUGACUACAACUUUGAGAAGGUCAAUCGUGCGAGUAUGGCUUGCGGUCCCAUGGUCAAAUGGGCCAUAGCACAGAUUGAAUACGCAGACAUGUUGAAGCGCGUGGAGCCGUUGCGCGAGGAACUGCGCUCAUUGGAAGAGCAGGCCGAUGUGAAUUUGGCAAGUGCACAGGAGACCAAGGAUUUGGUGGAGCAGCUGGAACGCAGUAUUGCGGCUUACAAGGAGGAAUAUGCGCAGCUAAUUUCCCAGGCGCAGGCCAUUAAAACUGAUCUGGAGAAUGUGCAGGCCAAGGUGGAUCGCUCUAUUGCGCUGCUCAAGAGCUUGAACAUUGAACGCGAACGCUGGGAGUCUACCAGCGAGACCUUCAAAUCCCAAAUGUCCACCAUUGUGGGCGACGUGCUGCUAUCGGCAGCCUUUAUAGCGUACGGCGGCUAUUUUGAUCAGCAUUAUCGCCUGAAUCUGUUCACCACCUGGUCACAGCAUUUGCAAUCGGCUAGCAUACAAUACCGUGCGGACAUUGCACGCACGGAAUAUCUAUCCAAUCCAGACGAGCGUUUGCGCUGGCAGGCGAAUGCCUUGCCUUCGGAUGAUCUGUGCACUGAGAAUGCGAUCAUGCUGAAGCGCUUCAACCGCUAUCCGCUGAUCAUUGAUCCGUCGGGACAGGCCACAACUUUCCUGUUGAACGAGUAUGCCGGCAAGAAGAUAACAAAGACAUCCUUCUUGGACGAUUCGUUCCGCAAGAACCUGGAGUCGGCGCUGCGUUUCGGUAAUCCUUUGCUUGUACAGGAUGUUGAGAACUAUGAUCCCAUAUUGAAUCCGGUGCUCAAUCGGGAGCUGCGUCGCACUGGCGGCCGUGUGCUCAUUACGCUGGGCGAUCAGGACAUCGAUUUGUCGCCAUCCUUUGUCAUCUUCCUGUCGACGCGUGAUCCUACUGUUGAGUUCCCGCCCGACAUUUGCUCGAGGGUGACCUUUGUUAACUUCACAGUGACGCGCAGCUCUUUGCAAUCGCAGUGCUUGAAUCAAGUGCUGAAGGCCGAACGUCCAGACAUUGAUGAGAAACGUUCCGAUCUGCUGAAGCUCCAAGGUGAAUUCCGUCUGCGUCUGCGUCAGCUGGAGAAGAGUCUGCUGCAGGCAUUGAAUGAUGCCAAGGGCAAGAUUCUAGAUGACGAUUCGGUCAUCACAACAUUAGAGACACUCAAAAAAGAGGCCUACGACAUCAACCAGAAGGUGGAUGAGACGGACAAGGUGAUAGCCGAAAUCGAGACGGUCUCGCAGCAGUAUCUGCCACUCUCUGUAGCGUGCAGCAGCAUGUACUUCACGAUGGACAGUUUGAACCAGGUCCACUUCCUCUACCAGUACUCGCUGAAGAUGUUCCUGGAUAUAUUCUCGACCGUUCUGUACAACAAUCCACGGCUGGAAGGUCGCAGCGACCACUCGGAGCGUUUGGGCAUCGUGACCAAGGAUCUGUUCCAGGUGUGCUAUGAGCGUGUUGCACGUGGCAUGCUGCACAACGAUCGCCUUACCUUUGCUCUGCUGAUGUGCAAGAUCCAUCUUAAGGGCACCGGGGAAUCAAAUCUAGAUGCAGAGUUUAACUUCUUCCUGCGCAGCCGCGAGGGACUCUUGGCUAAUCCAACACACGUUGAAGGAUUAAGUGGUGAGCAAAUCGAGGGCGUUAAUCGCUUGGCUUCCCGUCUGCCCAUCUUCCGCAAGCUGGUGGAAAAGGUGCGCUCCAUGCCUGAGCUUGGCGCCUGGUUGCAGCAGAGCUCACCGGAGCAGUGUGUGCCUCAGCUGUGGGAUGAAUCAAAGGCACUGAGCGCCAUUGCAAGCUCCGUGCAUCAGCUUUUGCUCAUUCAGGCCUUCCGGCCGGAUCGCGUCAUUGCCGCUGCCCACAACGUGGUUAACACGGUGCUCGGCGUUGACUACAUGCCCAAUGCAGAGCAGGAGCUGGACUUUACGGCCGUGGUGGACAAGCAGUUGAACUGCAAUACGCCUGCUUUGCUAUGCUCUGUGCCCGGUUUCGAUGCUUCGGGUCGUGUGGACGAUUUGGCCGCCGAACAGAACAAACAAAUCUCGAGCAUUGCCAUCGGUUCUGCCGAGGGCUUUAACCAGGCUGAGCGAGCCAUCAACAUGGCCUGCAAGACAGGUCGCUGGGUGUUGCUUAAGAACGUACAUCUGGCGCCACAGUGGCUGGUGCAAUUGGAGAAGAAGAUGCACUCGCUGCAGCCACACUCCGGCUUCCGCCUCUUCCUUACCAUGGAAAUCAAUCCCAAGGUGCCGGUGAAUCUUCUACGUGCCGGUCGCAUCUUUGUCUUUGAGCCACCGCCAGGUAUUCGGGCCAAUCUGUUGCGCACCUUCUCGACGGUGCCUGCGGCCCGCAUGAUGAAGACGCCCAGUGAGCGUGCUCGACUCUAUUUCCUGCUGGCCUGGUUCCAUGCCAUUGUGCAGGAGCGAUUGCGGUAUGUGCCUCUGGGCUGGGCCAAGAAGUACGAGUUCAAUGAGUCGGACUUGCGAGUGGCUUGUGAUACGUUAGAUACGUGGAUCGACACCACAGCCAUGGGACGUACCAAUUUGCCACCAGAGAAGGUGCCUUGGGAUGCGCUGGUCACUCUGCUCUCUCAGUCCAUCUACGGUGGCAAGAUUGACAACGAUUUCGAUCAGCGUCUGCUCACCUCUUUCUUGAAGAAACUCUUCACGGCGCGCAGUUUCGAGGCAGACUUUGCCUUGGUGGCGAAUGUGGAUGGCGCUUCGGGUGGGUUGCGACACAUUACCAUGCCGGAUGGCACUCGCCGUGAUCACUUCCUUAAGUGGAUCGAGAAUCUAACGGAUCGCCAGACACCUUCCUGGCUGGGUCUGCCCAACAAUGCAGAAAAGGUGCUGCUCACAACUCGAGGCACUGACUUGGUUAGUAAGCUGCUCAAGAUGCAACAGCUGGAGGAUGACGAUGAGCUGGCAUACAGCGUUGAAGAGCAGUCGGAACAAUCCGCACUGGCCGUGGGACGCGGCGAGGAUGGCCGUCCGUCCUGGAUGAAGACGCUGCACAACUCAGCCACCGCCUGGCUGGAACUGCUGCCGAAGAAUCUGCAAGUGCUCAAACGCACCGUGGAGAACAUCAAGGAUCCGCUCUAUCGCUACUUCGAGCGCGAGGUGACCAGCGGUGCUCGCCUUCUGCAGACUGUCAUCUCAGAUCUGCAGGAUGUUGUGCUGAUUUGCCAGGGGGAGAAGAAGCAAACGAACCAUCAUCGUUCCAUGCUGUCCGAAUUGGUGCGUGGCAUUAUACCCAAGGGCUGGAAGCGUUACACAGUGCCCGCUGGCUGCACCGUCAUCCAGUGGAUCACGGACUUUAGUACGCGUGUGCAGCAGCUGCAGAAAGUAUCACAGCUUGUUUCGCAGGCUGGUGCCAAGGAGUUGCAGGGCUUCCCCGUCUGGCUGGGUGGUCUGCUCAAUCCGGAGGCGUACAUCACGGCCACCAGACAGUGUGUGGCUCAAGCUAACAGCUGGUCACUCGAGGAGCUCGCUUUGGAUGUGACUAUUACCGAUGCCGGUCUGAAGACCGAUCAGAAGGACAGCAGCUUUGGAGUCACCGGACUCAAGCUUCAAGGCGCCCAGUGCAAGAACAACGAAUUGCUACUCGCCUCCACCAUUAUGAUGGAUUUGCCCUUGACCAUACUUAAGUGGAUCAAAAUCUCGUCGGAGCCGCGGGUGAGCAAACUAACUUUACCCGUUUACUUGAAUUCCACGCGCACGGAGUUGCUCUUCACAGUGGACUUAGCCGUGGCCGCUGGCCAGGAGUCGCACAGCUUCUAUGAGCGUGGCGUGGCCGUGUUGACCUCUACGGCUUUGAAUUAAUAUAUCUAACUA